CAGUUUUCCUCCAAUCGCGGCGCACGUUGUGGAGGUUCCACCCAAGACCUGGCCCGAGGCUCCGAGCAGCCCAUUUUCGCGCCGGCCAAAAGGGCUAGCUCCCCGCUUCCAGCCGGGCGGCGGUGUCCCUCAAGGGUCCUUUACUAAACAGGCUCAGAGGGCCCGGGUCUGCGGCGAUCGCGAUCCCGGAAGUGACGUCUCCCAGAGGGGCCGGAAGUGGCAGUAGAGGGAGGGAAGAUGGCGGAGGUGGGGGAGAUAAUCGAGGGCUGCCGCCUACCUGUGCUGCGGCGGAACCAGGACAACGAAGAUGAGUGGCCCCUGGCCGAGAUCCUGAGCGUGAAGGACAUUAGUGGCCGGAAGCUCUUCUACGUCCAUUACAUUGACUUCAACAAACGCCUGGAUGAAUGGGUGACCCACGAGCGGCUGGACCUAAAGAAAAUCCAGUUCCCCAAGAAAGAGGCCAAGACCCCGACCAAGAACGGACUGCCUGGGUCCCGCCCCGGAUCUCCCGAGAGAGAGGUGCCGGCCUCCGCCCAGGCCAGCGGGAAGACCUUGCCAAUCCCGGUCCAGAUCACGCUCCGCUUCAACCUGCCCAAGGAGCGGGAGGCCAUUCCCGGUGGUGAGCCCGACCCGCCGCUGUCCUCCAGCUCCUGCCUGCAGCCCGGCCACCGCUCCACGAAACGGAAGGUGGAGGUGGUGUCGCCAGCGACUCCCGUGCCCAGCGAGACGGCCCCGGCCUCCGUGUUCCCCCAGAAUGGGUCAGCCCGUAGGGCGGUGGCAGCGCAGCCAGGGCGGAAGCGGAAGUCAAACUGCUUGGGCACGGACGAGGACUCCCAGGACAGCUCCGAUGGCAUCCCGUCGGCUCCGCGCAUGACUGGCAGCCUGGUGUCCGACCGGAGCCACGACGACAUCGUCACUCGGAUGAAGAACAUCGAGUGCAUCGAGCUGGGCCGGCACCGCCUCAAGCCGUGGUACUUCUCCCCGUACCCGCAGGAGCUCACCGCGCUGCCGGUCCUCUACCUGUGCGAGUUCUGCCUCAAGUACGGCCGCAGCCUCAAGUGCCUGCAGCGCCACCUGACCAAGUGCGACCUGCGCCACCCCCCUGGCAACGAGAUCUACCGCAAGGGCACCAUCUCCUUCUUCGAGAUCGACGGGCGCAAGAACAAGAGUUACUCCCAGAACCUGUGUCUGCUGGCCAAGUGCUUCCUGGACCACAAGACGCUGUACUACGACACAGACCCCUUCCUCUUCUACGUCAUGACGGAGUACGACUGCAAGGGCUUCCACAUCGUGGGCUACUUCUCCAAGGAAAAGGAGUCCACGGAAGACUACAACGUGGCCUGCAUCCUCACCCUGCCCCCGUACCAGCGCCGGGGCUACGGCAAGCUGCUGAUUGAGUUCAGCUAUGAGCUCUCCAAGGUGGAAGGGAGAACGGGGACCCCAGAGAAGCCGCUGUCGGACCUGGGCCUGCUGUCCUAUCGCAGUUACUGGUCCCAGACCAUCCUGGAGAUCCUGAUGGGGCUCAAGUCCGAGAGUGGGGAGCGGCCGCAGAUCACCAUCAAUGAGAUCAGCGAGAUCACCAGCAUCAAGAAGGAGGACGUCAUCUCCACGCUGCAGUACCUCAACCUCAUCAACUACUACAAGGUGGGGCGGGCGGCCAGGGCCGGGCAGUCGGGAAGCCGGUGCGGGCCGGGCGCUGACCCCUGCCGGGCCCUCUCUCGCCCAGGGCCAGUACAUCCUCACGCUGUCCGAGGACAUCGUGGACGGACACGAGCGGGCAAUGCUGAAGCGGCUGCUGCGCAUCGACUCCAAGUGUCUGCACUUCACCCCCAAGGACUGGAGCAAGCGGGGGAAGUGGUGACCGGACCUCCGGGCGCGGAGCCGGCGAGCACGGGACCCGGCGCCCCCAGCAGGCACAGCGCGCGAGGCGCGCAGGGCAGCGCCAGACGGGGCUGGGCCCGCAGGGGCCACGGGUCAGCGCCCAGGCUGAGCUGGCUGCGGGCCCGGCCUGCCCUGACCAGGGACCAGGAGGAGCCGGGCGGCUUGUGCAGUGCGCAGGGGCUGGGGGCAACUGUACAGGACACUUUCACUGUAAAAAUAGCUUUUGUAAAGUAGAAGGUGGGGGUGGGGUGGCCCUGGCUGCGGCCCCCGCACCAGGCAAUAAAUCGUUUCCGUAGGCGGA